AUGUCUCCGAAUUCUCAUCCUCAAGCACUUACGCAUAUCUUGGUAUUAAAAUUUUUAGAGAAUCAUAAUUAUACUUCAGCUUUAGAAGCUUUUCGUCAAGAAGCAAAAGAAAUUAUUGAAGAAGAACAAGAUAAUGAGCAAAUUAAUGAACCAUUAACGACCAUCAUUCAAGAUUAUUUAUUUAAUCAAUUACGAUCUAAUGUUGAAAAUAUAUCGUUAGAAAGAAGUAUCGAUGAUUAUUUGAUUACACCAGGGGAUAAUAAAUUUCCUCGAUAUCUUUGCGAAUCAUUUCCACAAAUUCAUAAUAAUAAUAUUUUGUGCGUACGCACACAAACACUUCCAAUAAGAAAUUUUAGUGAUGGAGAAUAUCAAUUCUCAGAAAUUCCUACUAUAAUCACAGGAUCAGCAGAUAAAUCUAUUCGAUUAACAUCAUUACUUACGGGAGAUACAUUUAAUGUUUGUAAUAAUAUUCAUAAAGGAGGAAUACUUUGUAUGGAUUUUCAUCCAAAUUAUCAUCGUUUAGUGUUAACAGGAUCAAUGGAUUCAACAUGUGCAUUAAUAAAUAUUACUACUCUGGAUGUAUUACAAACUUUUAAAGAUCAUUUAAAAUAUGUUGUUAGAGCAAGAUUUUCAAUCGAUGGAAAUAUGAUCGUAACAGCAUCUUAUGAUCACACAAUUAAUAUUUAUAAGGUUGUAAAUGAUGAAAGUAAUCCAAUUUUAUCACCAACAAGUCCCUAUACUCCAUUAACUCCUUCAACACCAAAUACACCUUUACCAAAAUAUAAUAAAAUUCAUUCGACAAGAUUUGGUGGAAAUAUUGAAUCAAUGUGUUUUUUACCUGACAAUCAAUAUUUAGUUGUAGGAGUACGUGGUGAUAAUUACCUUCAUUAUAUUAAUUUAACUAAUUUUAGUGAUAAAAAAUAUAAUAUGAACAGCAAUGGUGAUGAUUGGGUUUCAUUUACUCCGAUGGAUAUUUCUCCAUCCCCGCGGAAUCGGGGAAAAUAUUUAUUGGUUUCUACUGAUGAUGACAAUGGUAGAAUAAUUUUAUUUCGUACUCAUUCUUCUCAACAAAUUUAUAAUUUUUAUGAUUUAGAAGUGAUUCCUAAUAGGAAAUUAACAAAUCCAAGACAUUGUUGGCAUCCAAAUGGAAAAUAUUUCUUUACUUUUGGUAUAGAUUCUUUUAUCAGAGUUUAUGAUGUUACCACCAAAUCUAUUGUACAUAAAUUAAUAGGUCAUAAAGAUAUUGUUAGAGAUAUAUGGUUUGAUCAAGAUAGGGAUUUAUUAAUUUCUUGUGGUUUUGAUAAAACAGUUAAAAUUUGGAGUGUUGAUGAUACUACUAAUUCAAAUAGUAAUAGUCAAUUAAAUGGCAAUUAA